AUAAUUAAUAUGUAUUCUCAUCUUGAAUAAUUUAAACUAUCAAUGAUAAAAUGUAAAUGUCGUAAAUAGUUUAUAAUCCGGGUAUUUUCAAGAUGGCCGCGUCCAUUGGUUCCAUCGACUGGUCCGGCUGUUGUUGUUGUUUUUGCAAAAUUACACUUAGGCCUAUUUAUUGUUUCAGUAAUUAUAUUUAAUGGACGCUUGACUUAACACAAUAAAACUUUCCUUGCGUGAUAUCAUCAGGGAAUCAGUGUAGAUUUACAAGCGUUAUCGAUUGCACCACACAGCGAUAAACAUUGCCAAAUGGUGAUGCAAUAUAUUGAAUCCCUAGAUCCAGACUAGUGAUAAAACCAAACGCUGUAAUCGAACGUGUUGUAGUUGACAAGUUACCGCAGAUUAACUAAGAAAUGGCAUCCACAUCUGCAAGCACUCCUCCAGGUACUCCGAAGAAGAUGCAGAAGAGACAAUCGAGGCAGUACUCGACCUGUCUACUAUACAACACUGGCCAGGCCCUGGCUCAGCUCACAGACCUCACACUAGCAGCCUGUAACCCUACACGAGAGAGUCAAGGCACUCCAGCAGCAAGGGAAGCAGACAGCACUCAGCCAGAGGUUGUAGUACAACAGCGGGCCGACUAUACGUCUGUGUCAGAGAAGAUGUCCUGUAACUAUUGUACAACUGACUUCACUUCUAGGGAGGAGCAGACAAGACACUACAAAUCAGACUGGCAUCGGUACAACCUGCGACUAAGAUUGAGGGACAAAGAUUCUAUCACAGAGGCAAAGUUUAUUGAAAUAUCAGCAUGUGUAUCCAGCAUUUCUGGUUCAGAAUCGGAAACUGAUGACUCAGAUAUUGGGGAUGGAGAAAAGCGAAAAUUGCGCCCGAAGCCAGGCGGUAUAACAGCCUAUCUGAGACACCAAGUAGACUCCUGUAGCAGCAGCAAUGAGAGUGAGUCGGAGUUGCCUAGUGUGGUUGAUGAUGCAUCAAGGAAAUUCCCCAAAUUAUUCUUCCGCAACAAAGAUGGCGAGCUGAUAUCAAUUUACAGAUGUAUCCUGUACCACAAGAAGAAUCAGCCAACCUCACUCAACGACCUGGCUACCAUGGCAACAAAUGCUCCUCACCAUAUGACCUGGGCCAUACUAAUGGCUGCCGGAGGUCAUUUUGCAGCAGCCAUUUUUGAUAAGAAUGAGAUUCUGGUGCACAAGACCUUCCAUCGAUACGUGGUGAGAGCCAAACGUGGGACUGCUCAGAGCAGCAGAGACUCUCAGGGUAAUGCUCCUAAAUCGGCUGGCGCAAGCCUACGCCGAUACAAUGAGGCAGCCCUCAAAGAGGAGGUACAUGAACUGAUCUCAUCCUGGUCUGAGCAGCUCAACAAGUGUGACCUCAUUUUCCUUAGAGCCCCGAGUUUUAACAAGAGAAUUUUCUUCUCUGGAAAGACACCACCAUUGCAGAAGAAAGAUGAGCGUAUCAGGAUGAUACCGUUUGCCGCACGGCGACCAACACACAAUGAAGUCAGAAGAGUCCAUGAGGUGUUGUGUUCCAUUGAAUGUUAUGGGGAAGAGGCUGACAUUCGUGAUUUUAUUCCAAUUUCACCUGCUGUCACCUUCAGCGCAGAAACAGGCCAUCUUGAAGUUGUACCAGAUGACCCCCAAACAUCUCCAAGACACAGAAAAAACAAGGACAAAGCAAGGCUAAAAACUUCACCUUUGGCUAACAGUGAUAGUAAAACAUCUGAGAGACCUGACUCUGUAGAGGAUAAAACCAGGCCAACAUUCAAGUGUCAACAGUUGGAACUUUUGGAUGCUAUUCGCCAGGAGGAAAACCAGACCUUCUCGUCCGGAGCAUCUACUGCCAGUGACACGGACUUGGUGGAGACUAUGGAGACGUUGUCUACUGAGAACCUGAAGGAGUUCAUAGCUACACGCAAACCCAGACCCCAAAAACAACGUGCUCGCAAACGCCAUCCAUCUUUAAAACGCCAAAUUGCCCCGGAAUCUGAUGCUUUAGAAGAGGAAAAAUAUCAUUUGAAGAAUUCACUUUACACUGCCUGUAAGGUUGGCGACAUUGAAACACUCCAAAAUCUUUUAGCUGUGUUCUCUACUGAGCUUGUCCCUCUAGAAACUACACCAGGAACAUCUGGAGACAUAACUGGAAAAGCUACAGCGGUCACUUCUUCUGGUCCUCCUAGCUCUAUAAACUGUUCACAAGGUGAUAGUGAAACACAAUGUAAACAGGAAACUGAUCAUGAACCAACUUUAUUUGUAAAUUCUAAUGAUUUGUGUAAUUCUGGUGGUGUUUCUAUAUUGGAAAUAGAGAAAAAAAAUGACAAGGAAAUAGACAACAGUGAUAGUGUAAUUAUGGAUGACAGUGAAGUGACAGAAAAUUCAAAUAAAAACCAGAAGGAAAAAGUGAAGAUGAAUUUAGAUAUUUCUAAUGAAACCUGUACAGAACUAAAAGGAUCAAAUUGUAACCCUGAUGAAAUGAUGUCGCCUAUGGUUUCCGUGGCAAUUCUAAAUGAACCAAUAGGAGACCAACUUACAACUCUCCUCCAUGUGGCUGCAAAGGAAGGACAUAAGAAAGUGAUAAAGGCUUUAUUGGGGUCCGGAGCCGAUCCUGCAGUCAAAGAUAAGUUUGGUAAGACACCCUUUACCAGUACCUCUAACAAAGAGGUCAGGAAUGAGUUCAGACGGUUUAUGGCUGCGUUUCCCCAUAAGUACGACUAUGAGGCUGCACAGGUUCCAAGUCCGCUUACAGCAGAAAUGGAAAUAGAGCGAAGACAGAAAGAAGCAGAGAGAAAGAAGAUACAGAAAAAGGCUAAGCAGGAGAAGAUGAAGGAAAAGCGAUCAGAAGAGGUAGAGAAGAAAAAGGAAGAAACAGAAAAAUCUAGAUUCUUGUCAUUGUCUGACAGAGAAAAGCGAGCUCUUGCUGCAGAGAAACGUUUGCUGAAGCAGACAGUGGUAGAAGGAGGUCCAGCUCCUGUUUUAAGUCGAUGUUUCCAGUGUGGCAAAGACAUGACAGGAAAAGUACCAUUCGAAUACAGUGACUACAAGUUUUGUAUGACUAAAUGCUUGAAGGAACAUCGUCUGUCAAAUACAAAGAAAUAAAAAUGUUAGUAACAGAAUAGGUUUUCUGAUCAUAGAAAAAGAAGUAGUCAUGAUUUACAGCCGAGAUUAACAGGAAAAAAUCAUCUGAGUCACUGGCCAUGGGAGCAGAAGAUUCCAUGUGGAUCAGUGGUGUUUACCAUUGACUGGUUCCUCUGAGACUUGUGGAAUCUGUGACAACAGGCAGUGAACUCCAUGUGGAUCAGUGGUGUUAACCAUUGACUGGUUCCUCUGAGACUUGGGGAAUCUGUGACAACA